UCAAAAUUCGACCGUGAUGAAUUAUACUUUUCGGAAUUUUCAGUUUGGGUGGGUCUCUCGCAUUUUGCUUACCCCUGACCGAAGUUAGUAGAGUUGGUGUGCAAAUUGAACUUUGGAGUGAGUGAGUGAGGCAAGGCAUCAGAAGAAAUUGACAACACUCUUCUUCUCUGCAACAUCGCAAACAACAACACUCUCGCGAGCGAACACUCUCGCGUCUUUCUCUUCUGCUCCGUUCUCCUCCCUCCACCGUGACACCUCGACGGCGACGAAGGCAACGCAGCCGCCACAGCACGACAACGACUAGACGCAGAAUUGAAGAGUCCUGACUUUUGGAUCAUCAUUGAGUCUGGUGUAGAAUUGCGUGUUACGUAGGAAUCCAUGGAAACACAACCAGACGGUAAUGAAGACCCCAUAGCUGCUGUUAAAGAUAUGAGGCAACAGCUUGAAGCUCGCAUAGAGAGCCAACACAAGGCUCACAUGGAGAUGCUUGCUUCUAUACAAGCAGUAAUACCUAAUCUUGUUUCAUCCCUUGACCUUUCUCUCAAGGUUGUGUCUUCUUUCAACCAUCGUCCUUUUUAUCCUACACCUGUUUUGCCUCUGCCUGAUCCUAAAUUGAACCCCAAAAAACCUAUUGAACUAAAUCAUCGUUCCAAUUCUGAAUCCUACGCUGAUGGCUCUACUGAAGCUGACUUGACAAAUCCCAGGAAUCAAAAACUCAAAACAUCUAUCGAUUCAAACCCAGCAUCUCAAGUAGAUUCUGAGAAGGUUAGUCCAUUAGCGGUGGUUCGAUCACUGGUUGCUGUUUGUCUAUUAGGGCGAGUAUCCUUCUCACCAAUUGAUUCUUCCACUGUGUCAAGGAAAUUGGAAAAUGAUCAGGCAGUAACACCAGCAGAAAAGGCAGCGCUUCAGGAGCUUGGAGGGGAUUCAGGGGCAAUACUUGCAGUGGAGAUAGCUUUAAGGUCAAUGGCAGAUGAUAACGGUGGUGUUGAAGUGGAGGAAUUUGUGGUUAGUGGCAAGGCAAGAAUCAUGGUUUUGAAUAUAGACCGGACCAGACUUUUGAGGGAAUUGCCAGAAAGUGCACAGUAUCAACGGCUUGAAUCAAGUUCUGGAGAUGGGAAUGUAAAUCAAAAUCAAGUUCAACAAAUCACUAACAGUGGUACAAAUGUGAAUGGUAGUUUGCUUGGGAUGGGAAGGCCAGUCUUGAGGCCAAUGUCUGACAUGUGGAUACCCCAUGGGGACCCUCAUAUGUCAGGGUUGCAGCCAAUGUUUCCAGGUGCACCAAGGGGGGCACCCAGGGUAAUGGGCAUGAUGGGGACGCAUAGAGGUAUGAGUAUUCCUUCAAUGCACAGACUCCCAAUGGGGCCAAAUGCACAAGGGAGUAGUCCUAAUGCAAUGGCACAAAAACCAAGAACUUUAGAGGACGAUAUGAAAGAUCUUGAGGCUUUGUUGAAUAAGAAGUCGUUUAGGGAGAUGCAAAAAUCUAAAACUGGUGAGGAGCUUUUGGACCUAAUUCACCGUCCAACUGCAAGGGAAACUGCUGUAGCCGCUAAGUUCAAAACAAAAGGUGGUUCCCAGGUCAGACAAUACUGUGACUUACUGACUAAAGAGGAUUGCCGACGUCAAUCUGGUUCCUUUAUUGCAUGUGAUAAGGUUCAUUUUAGACGGAUUAUUGCUCCUCAUACUGACAUCAAUUUGGGAGACUGUUCUUUUCUUGAUACUUGCAGACACAUGAAGACAUGCAAGUAUGUUCACUAUGAGUAUGACCCUACACCUGAUGUGUCUCCAACAAUGAUGGGUGCUCCUCCUCCUCCCAAACCACUAAAGCCUCAGCGUGCUGAAUAUUGUUCAGAAGUGGAACUUGGUGAACCACAAUGGAUCAACUGUGAUAUACGUAACUUUAGAAUGGACAUUUUAGGUCAAUUUGGAGUAAUAAUGGCAGAUCCACCAUGGGACAUUCACAUGGAACUGCCUUAUGGAACAAUGGCUGAUGAUGAAAUGCGCAGUCUUAAUGUCCCUGCUUUGCAAACUGAUGGACUUAUUUUUCUAUGGGUCACUGGACGUGCAAUGGAACUUGGACGAGAAUGCUUGGAACUUUGGGGAUAUAAACGUGUUGAGGAGAUUAUUUGGGUGAAAACAAAUCAACUUCAGCGAAUAAUCAGAACUGGGCGCACCGGUCACUGGCUCAAUCACAGUAAGGAACAUUGUCUAGUUGGAAUAAAGGGUGAUCCUGAAGUGAACAGAAACAUUGACACAGAUGUUAUUGUUGCUGAGGUCAGGGAAACAAGUCGUAAACCGGAUGAGAUGUAUCCUAUGCUGGAGAGGAUAAGUCCAAGAACAAGAAAGCUAGAACUAUUUGCUCGCAUGCACAAUACUCAUGCAGGAUGGAUGUCUCUUGGUAAUCAAUUGAGUGGUGUAAGGUUGGUUGACGAGGGGCUCCGAGCAAGGUUUAAGGCUGCUUAUCCGGAUGUGGAGGUGCAACCACCAUCACCUCCCAGAGCUUCUGCUAUGGAAGUUGACACUAGUGUUGCUCCUCACACCAGGAGUCCAUUUGCAGCCACAGAAUCUAAGUCCAAUUCAACUCAGUUUGGGGAGACUGCACCAGCUCCAGAAACUAACUUUGCUUCAGAGGAUAAGUCAAUGGUUAUUGAUGUUGACAUUGCUUAAGUUUCCACUUCUGCUCAUGCUUACUUGGAGCUGUUCCUUGACAAAGCUGAAAGCAGAACAGUAUUUUGACCUUUUCACCAUUGUUAAUUUUACUCUUUCACACCUCUUUUUAGGGAAGUUAUUAGAGUAACAAAGGUAUCUGGGAAGAAAUAUUUCCUCUAGGCGUAGAUGCUUUUGUAAGUGAAAUAAUUAUGAAAUAGUUUUUGCUGAUGAGUGUUGUAAAAGUCUAAUUCUAGUUGUUCCUGACUACAGUUUUGUUUGAUGUUCAAACAUCAAUCUUUUUAAUUUAUGGUCCUGACUAACCAGAUAAGAUUCAUGAAAA